AUGGCAUCAGGAGAUCUUUUUGCAGAGCCUAUUGGCACGGAUGCGCCGCCGUCGUCUAUCACGACUCGAAGCGACCACCCUGUUCCGCGGAAGGGUAUUACAUCAGGCGGGCCGCUCCAGACCAACAAGUUCUACGCCAAUUUUUUCUUGGGUGAUCAAACGGCACCAACUUACACCUACCCGUACGCCAUAGCAUGGGGUGCAGGGAAAGGAGCCGCCGCCAGCUACGGCAUGACUAUUUCUCAUAUCGAUGCGAAUCAGCGGGUCUUUGGCCCGAACAAGGACUCCGGGGCGGCGUCCUACUUUAUUAACCCAGUAGGCAUUCAAUCCAUGGUCAUCAGUGCCCAAGAACUUGAGGCGGAUACAGCCGUGGGUAUGGACAGCGUCACAGCAUUUUCCGCCAGAGUCCACCUGAAGCCGAAUUCAGGAGCUGUGCCUGCGAUUUCGUUUCCUUUGGUUCAAGGGAUGCCGUUUGUAACGGCAAACUACUCUGGAGCUACCCCUGUGAUCCGCACCGGGGUGUUCUUCCGGACUGUUACGCGGGCAACCCAAGACCCAAAGGCCGGCGUCGCCAAGUACACGUUCCAACUCGAAGACGGGAAGAUCUGGCGGCUGUAUGCAUACGCGACCACGGGAGAUCAAUUGGACCUACAGGUUGUCAACAACGGAAUGGCCCAAUCAACGAAGCCCUUCUUCGGAUCCAUCCAGCUUGCCAAGGAUCCUGGAAAUGGCGAGGCGGUGUUUGAUCUGGCAGCUGGUGUCUAUCCUACGACGGUCACCUUGUCUGGCUCCGUGAACGGUAACACGGGCACGUACAGCCUCAAGUUUUCCAAGGAAGGGCACCAGGAUGGAAAGCUGGCCAUGUACGCACUGCCGCAUCACGUCGCAUCGUUCGACGCCACAACCAAGGCCGCGGUUCAGCAAGUCCUGCUUCAGACCCCUACCAAGGGCAAUGGAACACUGGUGCUGGCUGAUCAAUGGACCAUGGUUGAGCCGAACCUGCCCGUCAGCAUGGGCUUUGCUCCAUGGAGUCCCGAGAAAGGUCCUCUCACCACCAUCUCUGAACAAGCGAAAACCGUAAUCCGCGGGAUAGCAACCCAGGAGGUGUCUCAGGAUAUGAGUGCGCAGUCAGAUCUGGACUCGAUGUACUUCAGUGGAAAGGCACUGGCCAAGUUUGCUAUUUUGAUCGUGGCCAUAAACGACGUUGUGAAAGAUACGGGGUUGGCCCAGUCAGCCCUGCCCCGACUGAAGGAAGCGUUUGCCAGAUUUGCGGACAACAAGCAGAAAUUUCCUCUUUUGUACGAAAGCGCGUGGGGAGGUGUUGUAUCCUCAGCAACAUAUGUAACAGGCAACGAUGGCGCCGACUUUGGCAACACAUAUUACAACGACCACCACUUCCAUUAUGGCUACCACAUCCUGGCAGCCGCUGCAAUCGCGCACCUGGAUCCUACAUGGAUGCAAGCCAAUAAGGCUUACGUCAAUGCCUUGGUGCGCGAUUUUGCCAACCCUAGCACCAAAGACACGUACUUCCCACUUUGGCGCUCUAUGGACUGGUACCACGGGCAUAGCUGGGCACACGGUCUGUAUGCCUCGUACGAUGGAAAGAACCAAGAAUCAAGUUCGGAGGACAUGAUGGCCGCCUAUGCUAUCAAGAUGUGGGGAGAAGCCUCGGGUGACACUACCAUGGCCAUGCGCGGCAAUCUUCAGCUCGCCGUCAUCGCCCGCUCCCUCCAGUCAUACUAUCUCUACAAGAGCGACAAUGUCGUGCAGCCACCCCAGUUUAUUGGAAACAAGGUGGCCGGCAUCUUGUUCGAGAACAAGGUCGACCACACAACCUUUUUCGGCGCUAAUAUAGAAUACAUCCAGGGCAUCCACAUGAUUCCCCUCCUUGCAUCGUCGCCUUUCGUUCGGACCCCAGCCUUUGUCAAAGAAGAAUGGGACGUGUACUUUAGUAACGGCCGCGUCGAUAGCAUCGUCGGCGGAUGGAGGGGAAUCCUGUAUGGAAACCUGGCGACGAUCGAUGGGAAGACUGCGUUCGACUUCUUCAACAGCCCCAACUUUGAUCCUGGUUGGAUCGAUGGAGGCGCAAGCUUGACAUGGUACCUGGCCUACGCUGCGGGUAAGUCGAUGUCUCUUUCAUUUGAUGGACUACCGCUAACAUGA